UUUUCGCGCAGUGGCGAGGAGGGACGCUGAACUGUGGGAUUUGGCGCUCGGCGUCACCCCGCCAGCCCAUCCGUACACGAUCCCCAGGCGAGUCCGUAGCCAUUUUGGCUCAAGGCUGGUCUGACACAGGCCACCCUAGCUUUCAAGCCCGCACGUGCCGGCCCCUGCCCAGGGGACCUCCCGGCAGCUUCGCCCCAGACAAGGAAGGCAGACCGAGCCAUGGCCAUGUCGGCCCAGGACGCUCCGAGGGGCAUGGCCGAGGCGAUGAAGCAGGCCGAGGCGGGCAUGGCGCUCUUCAAGGACAAGGCCGAGGUGCAGGUGGACAAGCCUGCCGCGGAGGCCUUCAAGGCAUCGCACGAGGCCCUGCUGGCAGAGAUGCAGAAGGUCAUCGACUCGCUGACCGGCAAGGACAACAAGAAGGAGCGCACCGCGAAGAGCAAGGAGCUGUCGGAGCUCAAGGUCGACAAGCAGUACAUCGACGCCUGCAAGGUGGCGAAGGGCCUGGAGCCCGUGAGCGGCUUCUUUACCGUGGCGUCCGCGGGGCCGGAGGAGCCGGCCUCGAAGCCGGCGGCCGCCGAGGCGCCGGCCGAGAGGCUGGACCCCGACGCGAAGAAGGCCGCGAGGCCGGCGAAGAAGGCGGAGAGCGCGGGGCUGAGCCAGGCGGAGAAGAAGGAGCUGGACCAGAUCAAGAGCGACAUCGUGUCGCGCAAGGCCCAGCUGAAGGAGGAGGGGAUGAGCGGCGGCCAGCAGAACAAGGACGCGCAGAUCGUGGCGUGGGUCGCUCGCAUGAACGAGCUCAAGGAGAAGGAGUGCCCGGGGAGCACGCAGAAGCCCGACAAGAAGGAGGAGAAGAAGAAGAAGACCCUGGGCUCCGACAUGCAGAAGGCGGCGGACGCGCUGAGGCAGGAGAUCGACGAGUACAAGACCAAGCUCAAGUCGGAGUUCGGCUACUCCAACAAGGAAAUCAAGGCCGACCCCGAUCUGGCAGACAUGGAGGCGAGGCUGCAGGCGAUCGAGAAGUAGCGCGGCACGGUGGCGAC